GACCGGUCUGUCAUUAUUGUCAGCGGCCUGGUCAUUUCAUACGAGAUUGUCGGACCCGAAUGAGAGAUAUGGAGCAACGAUCAAGACUCGGUGGUGGUAACCAAGCCUCGUGGUCCGAAAUUCCUUCAGCCCAGAGGGCUAUGGUCCCGUAUCAGGCUCCAUCCAGCGAUGUUCGAAAUGAUCGAGGUUCUGAAAGUAGUGGAGGUGGAUACGCUGGAGGCUACGGCGGGUCCUAUGGAGGUUCUGGCGGAUAUGGCGGUUAUCGUCGGCCAUGGUACCCGGACGAUGCAAACAGCAAAGUGGAGAGGAUGUGGAGUUGGAUGACGGAGGAAAUUGAAGAAAGACAAAGGAUCAAAAAGGAAAAGGAGGAGAUUAAGAGGAAGGAGGAGGAAGAGAAGAAGAGUAAAGAAGAAGAAGAAAAGCGUGUUGCUGAUCAGAAAGACAAGGAGGAGUUCAAAGCCAGUAUUGGGAAGGCAGUUGAGGCGCAAAUGCGUGUUGUUUGUGAAGAAGUGCUUGGGAGGAAGGUAGGACAAGGGAAGCAACCGGUUGUGUCUGUAACAACUGAAAUUCGGAGGCGUGCAAUUGACAUUGAUGCGAAAGGCAAGAAGAUCGCAGAGAUGGAAUCCAUACGCACCAAGGAUGAAGAGAUUGCUAAGUUGAAGAGAACUAUUGCGGAUAUGCAGAGAUUGUCCUGCCAAUCGCAGGGCGUGCAGCAUGAUCAAGAAUUGAAUGCUCUUCGGCUGGAUAAUCAGCACUUAAUCCAGGACAUCAUCAGUUUGAAGGAACAGGUGGGCGAGCUUGUGAGAAUCACCAAGACGUGUGGAUCUGCCUCGGCGGCGGUACCGGUGGUUGUGAGAGAGAAGGGGAAGGCUGUUUGUACCCUUACGGCGGGAGAUUAUGCUAAACUGCCUGAUGCAUAUAGAAAGGUAAGGGAUGAUAAGGACUUGGCGGAAAGGGAGGUUCUUACUGUCAAGGAAAGAAUCAACAGGAUCGGCGCCUCAAUGAGAACUCCCACUAGCGUCAAGAGGAAAAGAGUCACGCGAAAGAGUAUCUCCCCACCUUCCAAUCUACGUAUUAGGCUGACGAAGGCAAGUAGCCCGACGAAAGCUGGAGGUAGUGGCAGUAAAGGUCGUGGUGGAGUGAAAUUUGUUAAGCUCAAAGAUGAAACACGUGAUGAUUUCGGCAAGCGUGUGUGUGCUGAACUAUCGAAGUUGAAGAAGAAGGAAAUUGAGUUGCUAUGUGCGGAGGAAUCACUAAGCUAUGUGACAAUCAGAGAAUCGACAGCGGACAUUGCUGAGGUCUAUGCUGAUCGAGCCUUCGGAAAGGUAAGUAAAGAUGAUCAUGGGUCGAAAACUUGGGAUCCUCUAAUGUCUUGGUCGGUAGUAGUGAUCGUAGUGAGGAAGAAGAUGAUGCAACUGCCAACUGCUAGGGUCUGUCACCGAGCGUUGGUGAUCUACGCGAUUUAGCUCUAGCUUGUAGGGAUGCACGGGAUUAUGUGGUGCUGCAGCGAGAUUA